AUGUCGGCACACGGUCUAGAUGCUAUCAUAAUCGGCGCAGGGCCGGCGGGCAUUGCUAUGGCCUAUCGCCUGAAGCAUGAGCUCAAUUUUCACGACUUUCUCAUAUAUGAGAAGCUCAAUGGCGUAGGUGGAACGUGGAGGCUAAACAGCUAUCCCGGAUGUGGCUGUGAUCUUCAAUCACAUCUCUAUUCCUUCAGCUUCAACCCAAAUCCGAAUUGGUCAAAGCAGCUGUGCGAGCAGCCUGAGAUCCUCCAAUACAUGGAAGAUACGGUUGACAAAUUCAACAUCCGCAAGCAUGUCAAGUCGUCAAUCGAGUGUACCGGUGCAAAAUGGCACAGCGAUAUUGCUAAGUGGGAGGUUUUCGUCAAGGACCUCGAAUCGGGCCUUGAGUACUCGCGCUUUGCGUCCAUCUUCGUCUCAGCUGUGGGGGCUAUCUCAUUCCCGCGCAACGUCAAGUUCCCAGGCAUGGAGAACUUCAAGGGUGAUAUGUUCCACACCGCACACUGGGAUCAUUCUGUUUCAUACAAGAACAAGCGCGUCGGCGUUAUUGGAAAUGGCUGUAGCGCUGCCCAGGUUAUUCCUGCCGUUGCCCAGAAGGCUGGCUUCGUGAAGCAGUACGCUCGCAGCGGGCAGUGGUUCCAUGCCCGGCCAAACAGGCUCAACACUGAUUUUGACAAAUUUGUACUCCGCUGGGUUCCGCUCUGGCAGCGGCUGCUCCGCCUGAGUAUCUUCCUCGAGGCCGACGAGGAGACGACGACCUACUUCCCAACCCCUAAGGGCCUCAAGGCUCGAAUCGCGAAGGAGAAGGAGUCUAAGGAAUAUAUCCAGUCCAAGGCGCCAGAGAAGUACUGGCAACACAUCAUUCCCAAGUUUCCGCUUGGAUGCAAGCGUCGUAUCUUUGACCCUGGAUACCUUGACGCCCUCUGCCUGCCUAACGUUGAGGUGCUUCCCGAAGGUAUCAAGGAGUUCACUGAGACGGGUAUUAUUAGCUCUUCGGGAAUCCAGGACGACUACGACAUUAUCGUCCUCGCCACCGGAUUCCAAGUUUCUGAGUUCCUGACUCCCAUGGAAAUAUUCGGCGCAGAUGGGCGCUCGCUGCAGCAGCAGUGGCAGGAAUGUCGUGGCGCCCAAGCAUACCUGGGCACCUACGUCCACAACUUCCCCAAUCUCGCCAUCAUCUUCGGGCCCAAUACCUUCCCUGCCAACAACUCGGCCCUGUUCGCGUGCGAGACCCAGGUAGACUACGCCAUAAAAUCGCUCUUCACGCCGCUGAUCGAUCGCUGGGCCGACGUCCUCGAGGUCAAGCAGACUGUUGAAGACUACACGACUAAUGCCAUCCACGAGCAGCUAAACAACACCGUCUUCGCGGGAGGUUGCUCCAACUGGUACAUCGGUAAACACGGCCGAAAUGCUGCCUCCUGGCCCGGACUGGCGCGGUCGUUCUGGUUCAGUACCUACUUCCCUGACUGGUCGGCCUUCAACCUCGCAGGUGGAAGCAGGUUUUGGCCACUCUACGCUGCUCGACGCUGGCUGACUACCAUGAAGCCGCUUACAAAAGUCUUGGUUUCAAUAAGCUUUGCGGCGGCAGCCAUCAUUUAUGGAGGUUAUGGAGCAAGGCUCCCGGCACUUGCUUCCCUGCGUAGCCUAGCCGCGAGGGUGAAGGCGUUUUAAAUCGUAUUUUGGGGUG